AUGGCACAGUACAAUAGAGAAUGGUAUAGCACAAAGAGUAUAACAAAGCACGUGAAUGCAGCAUGGGAGAUCGCAAUGCAGUAUGACCCAGUACAAUACAGAAUGAUGAUCCACAAUGAGUAUGGCGCAGCACAUGAAUGCAGAAUGGCACCCUACAUUGCAAUAUGGCACAGUGCAAUACAGAAUGGUACAGCGCAUGAAUUCAGUAGUGGCACAUCACAAUUUGGUAUGACACAGAACAAUACAGAAUGGCACAGCACAAUGCGUAUCGCACAGCACAUGAAAGCUGCAUUAUGGCACAGUACAAUACAGAAUGGUACAGUAUGA